AGGAAAUGAGCUGAGCAAAAACUCUUGACACAUCAGAGCAGCUCAUGUAUCUGACAUGUGCUACGUACAGGUUUCCUGUGUAUACAAAACUUUAAUUCAAGAAGAAAUUAAAUAGAUACAUUAUGGGAGCAUCUUCUUCUGGCUUGCUGGAUGGGGCAAAAAUCAACAACAUCAAAGGGCUUGUGGACAGUACGUUCCAGAGCUUUAGUGUGUUUUACCGACAGCAGUAUUCUGCAGCCUACACCGUACAUUUGCACCAGGAGGUGGAGCCUAAGAAAGAGGGGAGGGGCCUACUGCUCGCACAUGGGCCUCAGUAUGCUCCAGAGGAAGUGCUAUAUCAAGGGAGUGUGAAGUUAUCCUGCUGGUAUGAGCAGGGGAAGAAAUGCAAAGAGAGAUUCAUCGUACUGAGACGAGAAUACAAAGUGGAAAUACAUGAAAACGCAGAGACCUUCAGUCGUGGAUGUGCAGCGAAGUUGGUCCUCCAGCCAGCAGGGGGCAGUGUGUUCACAAAAGAGGAGGAGUCCAAAGCUCACCUGGAGCGAACCUGUGCUGGAAUACUCAAUGGAGUGAAGGAGGAUUCUUCUUCGGUGGUAUCCUCUCCAGAUGUGCUGGCAGUGUAUCUGCACCUGCCUUAUAUGGGCCACACUUGUUUCCUGUUCCAACAGGAAGAAGAACGUGAUAACUUCCUUUCUGCCAUCAAGACCUGCAUUAGACACGGCAACCUUGACCCCUGGUGUGACUCAUCCUACGAGAGCCAGGCCUUCGUCCGAGCCCUCCGACUCUACCGACAGGACAGAGGAAGCUAUGAAUCCUGGGAAAUGCUGCUCGGCACAGAGGAACAAGUGCUGGCCUCACAGGUGAUGGAGGAAGUGUUGUCAUGGCUACAGAGUCAGCUUCAGUCCAGAGUGAAGGGCAAGAAGGCUGAGAGGAUUCGACAGUGGUUGGCAACAGUGCAGGCUAGCUACUCUCUGGUGCUGGAGCAACUCUCCUUCAGUCUGGAGGCUCUGAGGGCCGAGUGUCGCCAGACAGCGUCAGCCAAUCAGGCGCUGAUCAGAUCUAACCUGGACCAGAUCAUGUCCUCCCACUGCUUCCUGGAGGAGAAAGUCAAAGCGUGUAUAUGUGCAGAAGCAGAGAAAGUGUGUGGUGAGUGUGUGUCGCCCAACAUUUCCUCCAUCCUUGAAGCGCUCACUGAACAUAUCAGUGCAGGGAUUCAGGGGAUGCAACACACACUGCACACACAGAUGGACUCAGCCUUCACAAACACUAAUGGAGGAACAGAGGAGACCAAGAAGGACUUGUCUGCGCUGCACUCCAUCAGACUGGACCAGAGCUACCGGCAGGUGGAGAGCCUGACGGAGAAGCUUGAGGAUGUGAAGCAGCGCUUCGGCCUGAGCAGCACCCAGAGGCUGGUCCACUGUGCCCAGCUGCAGAUGGAGAAGCUGUUGGACAGUGCUGUGUACACGUUAGAUCUCUUCCUGCUUUCUUCAGCCCGACUGCAGCCUUCUCUGAUUCCUGUGAAGAUGCCGCGAGCUACAGAAAGAGUCCUGAAGCAGCUGGACUAUGACAGCAGAGUGGUUCAGAGGAGGCUGUAUCAGGACGCUGUGCUGCAGAUCACUCUGCCCACUCUCAGCAGGAACAUGGACAGCAAGUGGAAAAGAGAGCUGCAGCAGUUCGAGCAGUUCAUCUUCUCCGACUACAGUAACUUCAUCCUGGUGCAGAACGUCUACGAUGAUGUGCUGAGAAACAUCCUCAGUAAGGAGAUAGAGACAGCCGUGCAGGAAGCAGCCGGAAAGAGGAGCCGGCUGUUGUUGGACACUUCAGAUCUGACCAUCAGUCAGUACAGUCUGCUGGGGCCAACCCCCCCUCGCUCCGCACCAGGCAGCCCGGCCACAGCCACCCGAGACCCCCCCUCAGCAGAACCCAGUGCAGGGGGGGAGGGUGGGGAGACGGUCCCAGCAGAGGUUCCCCCUCAGAGUGACCCGGAUCCUUCCUCUGGACCUGAGUCCACUGGGGAGGCCCGGGGAGGAACCCAGCCUGACCCUGACGCACCUUCAGAGACAGCAGGGUCCGCCCCCACCACACCUGAUGUAGCCGUCAGACAGGAAGUUGGAUCUGCUGCAACUGCAGGUCCCGGUGACCCCACCCCAGAGUGUCCUGACCCCCCAAUGUCCACUCUGUCCACAGAUGUUCCAGCUGAAUGUGCUCAAUCUGCAGCAUCUGGAAAUCCUCCUCCACCUGACCUCCCAACUGUGGAUGGAGAAACAGAAGACCCGCCCACACAGGAAGUUGAUGCAUCUGAUGCAGCUGCAGAUUCCUGGGACCCCACCCCAGACUGUCCAGACCCCCCAAUGUCCACUCUGUCCUCGCUGCAGUCCACAGAUGUUCCAGCUGAUCAAUCUGCAGCGCCUGAAAGUUCUCCUCCACCUGACCUCUCACCUUCAGGUGGAGAAACAGAAGGCCCCCCCGCCCAGGAUCCCCACCCUCAAUCGGCACCUUGUUUAGAUUGUCCAAUGGAAAUCAGCCUUGGGUCACUGAGGGAGGCGAUUAGUUGCAGCUCUACCCCACAGACGCUCUCUCACACCGACAGAGCUGUGUACCUGACGGGAGGAAGGAAGGACAGCUGGGAGGAGGAGAGGGUGAGAGAGGGAGGAGAGGAGAAGGGGAGAGAGGAGAGGAUCCAGGACGGGAAAGAAGAGAGUGAGGCAGGAGGUGGGGAAGAAGAGGAGGGAAGAGUUGAAGGUGAAGCCAAAUCAGGAGGUGAGUCUGUGGAUGAAGGUGAGAAAUCCUCUGAGCCAGCAGAGGGCGCCACAGAGCAGGCAGAGAGGGGGGGGGAGGAUGGGGAAGAGAGAGAGAUGGAGGAAAGGAAAGAAGAUCAGGAGAGAGCAGAGGAGGAAGGAGAGCAAGCAGGAAAAGAAGGAGAGAAAGAAAACGAGGAGGAGGAGGAGGUUCUUCAAAGCCCUCAGCCAAUGGGAGCACAGUGUGAGAGUGUUGCCGAGCUGCCAUUGGACAGCGUGGCGAUCAUCAGAGACCUUGUUACUGAGAUCACUGAGGUGGAGACGGUCAUCAGCCCCCGUCCCAACAGCGGCCAUACAGCCUGACACCGUAACCAUGACGACUGACUGUUGGAGCUCCCUUAUUAAAUGGUAGAGGUUAAUAAAGUGAAUAAAUGCACAAAGGAGAUUAUUACCCAUAUUAUUAGUGUUACAUACACAUUUAUACUACAUUUUUAAGAAGACACAUACUUCCACAACUUUUUUAAUAAUGAUUCAACUUAUUUAGACUAUUUUGCUGUUUACAUUUGUGAUGUUCUGCUAUCAUUGAACGGAUUCCUCAAUAAAGAUAUCAAACUUGUCAACAA